UUACGGGUCAUAACCCCCAAAACCACUGCACUACAGCAGCGGAGUAGGCCCAUCACGGAGACAUUGGGGUUCUGACAAUACGGCUGUAGUUGUAGUAGUGUUUUUUAUGAUGGUCCUAUAACGCCAUGGAUUAUGAUGGUGUGUGAGUACGAAUUGAUUCCUUUUUUUAUCAAUCAGCUGAUCUGAUCGCUCGCUCCGCCGCAGCAUCUGUACCUCAGACUUUCGUAUUUUUACUUGUGGGUCGAGAUGAAGUGAACACUGCUCGUAAAGUGGUUGAUAGUACCGUAGUAGUGAUACAGUAGUUACACGUGGAUUACACGUACUUCAUAUACACAGUCACACUCAGCGGACCAGACGCACGUGUUCAGUGUUAUAUAACAAAACAUCACAAUCCUUUGUAUUAUAAUAACUACUAAGUCUUAUCUACAUCAUAAGGUUUGGUGUCAUGAUUGACAAUUAUUACGAUUUUGUUUAAUAGAACAUAAAUCAUCAAAGCGUUUCUGUUUUAAUAUUUUACACAGUCGGGUUACAGUUACAAACAGAAGAUGUGACAACAGUUUUGGAUAAAGCGGUUAGUGAGGAGAAGUAGAGGAGUUGUACACGUGGUCAAGUUAGACUUAAUGAUUACUGAAUGGUUAUGAUGUGCAUUCGUGACCCACAUACGGGGUUCAUUCGGCCUCCGGAUAGGUGCCUCCCCUACGACGCUUAUCCUCCGGAUGAAUUCCACCCCUUCAUCGAGGCGUUGCUUCCUCAUGUGAAGGCUUUCUCCUACACAUGGUUCAACCUCCAGGCAGCAAAACGCAAGUACUACAAAAAACAUGAGAAGCGAAUGUCAAUGGACGAGGAACGCAGAGUUAAGGAAGAGUUACAGAAUGAAAAACCGGAAAUUAAACAGAAAUGGGCUUCAAGACUUCUGGCAAAAUUACGGAAAGAUAUAACUCAGGAAUGUCGAGAAGAUUUUGUGCUAAGUAUAACAGGGAAACGACCCCCGGUUUGUGUAAGCAGCAACCCAGACCAGAAGGGAAAAAUGCGUCGGAUCGACUGUCUACGGCAAGCGGACAAGGUCUGGAGACUGGACCUAGUGAUGGUUAUAUUGUUUAAAGCGUUACCGCUAGAAAGUACUGACGGGGAGAGACUUGAGAAGUCACCCGAUUGUAUGAACCCUACACUGUGUGUUAAUCCACAUCAUAUAAGUGUAUCUGUGCGCGAGUUAGACCUCUACUUGGCAAAUUUUAUUCAUAGCUAUGUUCCGGAUCCUCGAGCUGACUAUGUAGAUUUGCAGAUGAGCGAAGAUAUCAAAGUGCCUGGAAACAUUCACUCAGGGGUUUCUGGAAAUGACAGCAUCAUGGCUACAGGGGUCUUCUCUGCUAGGGAACUACUUCGUGUCACACGGCAUUCCAUUAUGAUGCCACAGAAUGGGACAGUUCCAAUGAUGCCGCCCAGUAAACAGAUGGACAGUCCCAGUUACUACAACUACAGCCCUCAGGAACAGUCCCAGGUGGUGGGUGGCAUGCCACACCCGGGAAUGCCCAAUGGUCAGUCUGCCCUUAGUCCUUCCGGCCACCCACAUAAGCGGCUAAAGCGCAGCACCAUGAGUUCAAUCUCGUCAGCAGAGGAUGAUGUGGAGAGUGUCGGAGAUGAGAACGAAACGAUGAGCAACUACUAUGGCAAGUCCCCAGCUAAUCUGAGUGGCAGUGGCUCGUCAGGGUGGCAGGGGGAUCACAUGGACCCAGGUUUGACAAAUAGUGCAGCCAUGCAUUCACCUCACCUGCUCCAUGCUAGUAAACCUACGGUAGAUGCAUCUUCAUCUUCAUCAAAUGCGCGAGGCUUCACCCCGGUGUCGUCUGGCCUCUCAUUGUCCCAGCAUGCAUCUCAGCACGAGCAGGGGACCCCACCCAGGCCCCUGAGUGGUCACACCCCACAGCCAGCAGGGACACGCCCACUUUCCUCGUCCCCGCCCCUCUCAGGUAGAGGUGUAUUUAUGGCACAAGGUUUACAACAGAUGGCCAUGUCGGGUCCCGGGCCAGGGCCACACCCUUCUAUGAAGUACCAGGAACACCCCGGGGGUGACACAUUCUCCGACUUUGUUUCGCUGGUAUGUCAGGAGGCUCAAAACUCACAGGGACAGAAGCCUGGGGUACUACGAUUUUUCGAGACAGCCUUUAAUUCAGCAGCCUUACGAGACCAGGCUUCUAGUCACGGCAACAUGGGCGAUGAACACAUCCAUUCAAAUUCAUCAACGCCGCCGAUGAAGAGCCCUACGAAACUCCCACACUUCUUUUCGCCAGGGAUGCUCCCCCCACCUCCCCCACCUCCACCAAACUUGGCACGACCUGUCGCCAUUCUUCGGACAUCAGACGGACAAGUGGUCAGCAGUGCUCCGACGCCUUUGACCUCAACAGUGUCUAGUUCAACAAACAAUAACAAUUCAAGUCAGGGUAUCAGCUCCUCCCCCGGAACGCCUCCGUUCAACCGGACGAUCAUGUCCAGCCCGUUCUCAGUAUUGACCCGGCCUGAGCAUGCCUUUGCACACAUACAUCCGCAAGGACAUCAGGUAUUUUCCUACCCCAGUCUUAGCCCUGUAAACGCCCUUAGUGGUGUGAUCAGCCCUACCACCUUGAGUCUGAUAGCCUCGCCGGUGGCCACACCUCGUACCACCCCUCGGUCAACACCCAUACCGAGGUGGACCACACCGUUCAUUCCCCUGGACGAGGGCAUGGACUAUAACAUGUUGGCUAAUAUCAUGCAUGGCGUCAACAACGAUGAAACUCUACUGAGUGAAGAGCGAUAUUUUCCAGGAGAUGGCAUGGAAGGAUCGGGAAACGGUCACUCAGGCCCGCCCGGACCCUCUCACUCAGGACAGGCUCCGCCCCCAGCACCUCCCACCCCAGUGGCCAAUACCCCAAAACAGACACAGAACCAACAGACUUGACAGGGGGAAAUGAGGGGGUGGGGCAUGUGAGCCCCGCCCUCCAGACCUGCUUUGCUUGGCUGUGAUAGCAGACUACCGUUAUAUACUAUUUAACAUACUGUUUUGAAAAUUCUGUAUCCACCGUUUAUGUCACUGUGACCUCUGAAAAUGUACGUAAUUUGUGACAUUUAAACUUGUACGUACAUUGACCUUUGAACUCAUGUUGAACUCACAAAUUUGUACACCAUCACACAUCUAAAAAAAUUACUACAGAAAGAUAGAAUAGAUAUUGUUAUCAAAGACAUGUUAACGGAAGGAUCUUCGUCGGUCUCUUACUACGGCGCUAAACCCGAGAUAAUUCCUAAACCUAUUACAUCACUGUUUGAUGUCUGUAGAUUUAGUUUCCAGAUUUGACAAUAAUAUGUUGCUCUCAGCUAAAACAUGUAUAUGGCUUUUGUGAGCAAAUUACACCAAAAGAUAAUGUGGCCCUCAAUAUCACUAGCUCCUAGAUCUGGUACAAACAAGCCUUUACUUGUGAUAAAGGUAGCGGCCUGGAGAAAUUGUGUUAACUGGUCUUUUUAACAUUUCUAAACUGGUUUUUACUCAAACAGCAUUUUGAGAUUUUAAUGAGCUUUACCCUUGUUUUAAAUGUCUGGUUUAACUGUAGUAUUAUGAUUAGCAUGUAGAUGUUUGUACAUUGUCCAGUAUAUUAUUAUCUAUACAUAAUCACUCAAGCCAAAUACUUGUAAACGAUUGUAUGAGACUUUUAAGUUAUUAGUGUUGUUCGGGGAGUGAGGAUUAUCUCCCUUAUCUUUGUAACCAUACUGUACAGUUACCUGUCAUGUAAUGAAGUUGUUGAAUAAUUCUUGAAUUCCAAAAAGUACAAAAAAAUACCUAUGCAAUUUGCAUAAAUGUUUUUAUAUUAUGCCAGUUGGACUUAUUUGAUUUUCAUUUCUUUUAAAAUUUUUAAAUAUUUUCCCGCGAAGGAAGUAGAUAAACCUCCCCUAAUAGUACUAGUAUUGUAUAUGUUAAUAAUUAAUAAUGAUAAUUAAUUUAUCAUUGUGAGUGAUAAUUAUUAUUAUUACAAUUGUUAUGACCAUAUAAGGAAGAAGAGGCCUCAGACUGUACAUAGACCUGUUGUUAUUGCCGACAUCUGUUAUGUUCUGCGUGUCCAGAACACUAGUGUUAGUGAAAAACGUUGUUCAAACUAGUCCUCCCCAUUGAUUAUUGCCCUCUCAUCGUUAACACCUAGUCCAAGUGCUACUCAUUUUCUGUCAUCUUACUUAGAUGUAGUGUUGUCAUUUUGAAGAAAGUACUCUGAAACUUUUCUUCCAUCUUUUCAUCUGUAAAGUCAUCAUCCAUUUUUUAUAUAUAUUGGAACCAUGUACCUCAAAUAAUUCUCUAUCAUGUUAUACUACAAAAUUCAGGACUGAUUGAUGAAUCAUGUGACUUGUCAUUCGCUGUCCGGACAAUAAGGAUGGCAAACUCCUGAAAGUAUUCAGGUGGGAAUGUUGGUCAAGACUUACUAGUACAUUUAUAAAAACUCAUCUACAGCAUGGAUGCUAUUACUACCUCUAUGACAGCAAACUAAAAUUAGACUAUCAAAAAAUUUCCCAGACAAAUCAUGCCAGGCUUCAUUUGAUAAAAGUUUUUGUUAAUUAGUCCAAUACCAAACCAAACUAGACAUUGGAUAAUUUUGUUGUAAUUUGGAAUUCUUCCUUUUGUCAAAAAUUUCUUAAUAAUUUUUAUGUAAAAUUUCCUUUUGAAUUGAAGUCACAAAGAUUGAAGGUAGAUUAGCGUGAAUGCUGGUAUUACAUCUUCUGUUGCUUUUCAUCUAGCAUUGUUAGUGUAUUGUGUUUAAAAGUUGUUAUGAUGUAGAAUGCUAGCAAUAAAUCUGGGACCGUUCUGUCGCCAAUGUCAAGAAAUGGAUUGAAUUGCCAAAAUAUUUAUUUGGUUUAUUAGGAUUUUUUCUUUAUACUUUUAAUUCAAUAAUUAAGAUAAAAUUUUUAAAAAUGUAAAUAUUGAAACCAAGUGUUCUACCUCAUGGAGUUAAUCAAUGAUAUGCCAAGCACAGUUGAUGUUGAUGUCAUGUCAGAUAUGCAAAAUCGCGUCUAAUAUUGACGGUGGUUACACUAGCUUUUUGGUUUAUUGACGUUGACACUAAUAAUAAUUUGAUGGAAACCAAUUUUUUUUUUCUGCUUUAAAGAUUACUUUCUCAGCAAUAAUGAAAAAUGAAGCCCUGGUGAUUCUGUAUGUUGAUUGAUAAUGCAUUGAGACUGUAUAUGUAAAUAACUACUAGAGAGUCUUUCACGAUUUUAGUUAUUGAGUAGAGAGUGAUAUUCCCUUGUGCUGGUCAAAUAUGUAUCGUUGUGUUCACCUAUAUGGUUGUUUUCGAGCCAUUCUGUGAAAAGAUAGUGUGUAUGUGUGUGUGAGGAAGGGCGUGUGUGUGUGUGUGUGGAAAGGGACAAGGAUUUUCUUUCUCUUUUUAAAGUUUUUUCAUCAAUGAAGUAUAAAAUCUGAAGGAGCUGCAUAAAGAAUUAUUUAAUGACUUGGAAUUUUCCAAAAAUUUUUAUUUUGAUAUAAAUAAAAAUUCACCUUUCAAAAAAUUUAAUUCUUCAGUAAUGAAUGUCAAAUUUUCUUUUCUUGAUAAUUUUAGCUCAGCAUUAUUGGGGAAUCCUUAUCUUGAUAAAAAUCACCAAAAGAACGAAACAUUAUCAUCUUUUACACGAAAAAAGUAUUUUCAGUCUUUUUUUUUCUUUUCCAAAUUAGCAAAUUAACAAUUAUCAAUGACCUUGGAAGGAUUCAUUCAAGGUCACUAGAAAAAGAAAGAGCUAUCCCGGUAGAGUGUGUAGAAUAUUGUUGUGGAUUUUUGGUCAGCGUCCAUCUACUUUGUUACCUUCAAACAAAACAAGUCUUAUUGUAUGUCUUGACCUUGACCUUGAAGACAGAAUAGCAGCUUAAUAGGCCAGUGUAGAAUUGAAUUAAGAAAAUCCAUAAUUUUGAUUUAAAGAACUCUUUUGUUUGGAGGUAACAAACAUCUACAUUAUGUACCUAGUAACUAUGUUUUGCUGGCCCCCACACCCGAGUCCCUGUGUGUUACGUGAACAUUUGUUGGUGUAGCAUCGUCUACCCAGCGCUUUGUUAAAUGGCAUCUACAUUAUAAGUUGUUGGUGUUUUGUUGUGGUUUGAACCCUUGGUUCAAGGAGUUUGUGAUAAUGCACCCCUUGUUAUUUCCGUGUCAUCCAGAAAUCCUUGCUAACCUGCUUAUCACAUGUUUAAUUUAUUUUAUCACUCAUCUUAUUAUUUAUUAUGUUGUUACAUUAAAGAACAAAAUGAUUUUAAGUGUGAAAACUGUGUGUGAUAUUGUUGUCACACAGUGUUGUAUUCUUUGUCAUGUAGUUAAACUAUUUCAUUAUUUCUCAUGUCUGUUGACACCACAUCACGCAAAUGAUGUCAUAUGAACCCUUCCAACCUAGAUGUGUCAGCCAUGUUGAUGCAUCUGUGUUUUGAUGUACAGUUGUGAAGGCCGGCAUCAUUAUCUUCCCUUGACACGUGCUAGAUGAUGCAUGUCCAAUGUUGACUUCACUGUAAUUUAACCGAAUGUUAGUGUGUAUGAUUCCAGUGUGUUUGUGGAUAUAAAUGCCUCUGUAUGGAUUUCAGUCAUGUGAUUGGAAUCACAACAAAUGAACGACAUUUCAAGUCAUAGUUACUCAUAGUAUUAUAAGUUCACCGAGGCCAAAUCGGCAGUAACGAGGCCAAAUCGGCAGUAACGAGGAGAUUUUUCUUGCCAUUCAAAGGGAGCUUAUUAAAUUUAGCUGUGAACUUCACCAAAGUUUUAUAAAAAAUCAUGUUUGAAUGGGGAGUCCAGUCCAUCAUAUAUAAAAACCUAAAUCCCAAACUCAUAAGUGCUACUUGUAUUCAACCUCAUUUUUUGUUUUUAACUAUUAUUUUUGUAUUUUCCCCCAGUAAACUUUAAUGAUAAACUGGACAUUACAUUUACAGUUGGACUAGAUAGGUCAGUAUGGUGUAUGUUAAACUCUUGUAAAACAAGAUUUUAACACCAUAUUUACAGACAGGAAAUGGUUUACAGAAAACAGUGUAUCAGGACUAUCCUGAAUUGUUGAGUUUUGUAGUGAUGUAAAACUAUCAAACUGGCAUAUAAUCAAAAUAAUGUGCACCUAUAAAUUCACAUGUUAUAUGUGUAGCACUCAAGUCUUCCACAAGUGUCACUGUUAAUUUCCACAAAUAUACUGUUCAUUUAAAGGGUUGGAUGUUGCUCUCUCGUGUCAAAUUUUGCUUAACUUAUCCUCUUAAAAUCUCAAUGGCUGAAUUUUCUCUACUCUUUCACUGAAAUUACUACAAUUUCUGGAUUCUGACUUGCGAAGUGUAAUGCAUGAUCAGUUUAUUUAGCAACUUAAAAACCUGACUUGAAUCUUAAAAGUCCGACUUGAACUAUCUGCCAAAGAUUUAUACUCGUGUCUUUUGCAUGGUGAACAUGAUAACACAAAAUAUUAAGUGCCAAAUUUUGUCAUGUGUGAUAUUUCUGUUGUUGUUCAAAAUUGUUUUUGAACAGAAAACAUGAACGAUAAACUAUCUGACAACUGUGCUAUAGAAGUUUGUCCUUGCCCUUCGAUGUUUAUGUAUAUUUGUGGUCUACAGGCUGUAUUUAUCCAUCAUGUGCUGGUGUUAUUAUUUUUUGAUUUCGAAUUGAUGUACAUUUUAUUGUGUUGCUUAGUUAUUGUGGUCGGUGUGUAAACUAGGUAAUUGUACAGUUUAAAAGUCCUUUUUUAUUAUAGUUUGUAAAUAAGUUUGUAUACAUAGGUAUUAAUUUAUUAUUAUAUAAUUAUUACUUUCCAAAGUAAUGUUUUGAUUUGAACGUGUACAGUAUAGGCACAUGUGUGCCGGUAAACGGGUGGGCUAAGACGUUGGUCUCUGACCUGCGUCGUUGACGAUCUGUGAUUUCAUUAUAGUGUGGAAAGGUAUGGUUCACGCUGGUGACAUAUUUUGACAAGUUUUGUAAGGUAUGAAUCAGAGAAUGUGUCACUUUCUAUAUUAUUAUUUUUUGUUUGUUUGAAGUUUCAUAACAGUUCUUCACUAAAAAGGUAAUUUUAUAUAGUUGUUAAGUUUUAUUCCUUCCAAAUUUUUUUUUAAAAAUAUGAAAUAACAUAAAAUAUCCUUUUGUUUGCUGUUGAUGAAAUUACUUUCCAUGACAGCUGAAACAUGUACAAAUAAAGAGAAAAAAGGGAAAACAAUGUUGAUAAUAAGAAAAUACCAUAAAAAUGCAUUUAAUGUUCAUAUAUGUUAUAUAUAUGCCUGGACUUUUGAAUCUCAGUUUCUUUUGUGAAGUACUAACUGUAGAAUCACAUUUUAAACAGAAACAACUCUUUAUAGCUAAUAUUCAAAACAUUUCCCCUGAAUUUUUGUUUAAAAAACGGAUGCGGAAGGAAUGAAAUAGUAAGGAAAUUGCUGAUGUGGGUUCGGUUAAAGUGCCUCUCUUCUUACCAAAGACAAAUACUGUAUUGUGUUAUAUAAAGAACAAAUUUCAGAUACAUAAAUUGCCAAUGUGAGUAAAAUAUUGGUGGACCAAGUUUGGGGGAGUCAUUCUUGGAAGAAAUUGUUUCGAGACAGGUUUUGCUUUUCGAUAUUCCAGGGGUGGAUUUUGUACUGGAAGGUUAACAGUCAAUAAAUACAAGCAAAUGAAACAAGUGAUGGAAGACUGAGGUGAUCUAUAAAGUAUUCUGUUACUGUAGCAACAAUGUUGCCAUGGAAACCUAUUGGACAGUGAUAUGAUGAUAUGUGUGACAGCUUUACCUAGAGCAUUCCGAUAGAGUAUGUAUUUCUGACUCUAGCCGACAAUGUAGAAGUAGUUAUCUACUCUUGUUAAUAUUACAUGAUAUAAACAAAGGGCCGGUCCUUUUGUAGUUUUCUUCUCUGUCAUCACGAUGGAAUGUGACCUUGACCUAGUUGUCAAAGUGUGACCUCGACUUUACAGGCCACUUGACAUUUAUGUUGAAGGUUGGUCAGAGUCGGAAUGCUAUGAAUGGGUACAUUUUGAUAGAUGGAAAAUUGUUAAAAUGUUGGCCAUGAUUGGUCACAUGGAUUGUAAGAAUAAUCGGCACCAAUAUGUCACCUUUCCAGAGACCAGCACAAUGGUCUCCUGUUAACCAGGUCAACAUUACAAUGUAUUUGCUUCUUUUUUUUUUUUUUUUUUUUAAGAAAGGUUAUGCUGAUGCACAUAUGUUGGCCCCAGUCUAUGCAAUUUUGAUACAGAGUUGCGAUGUGUGCCGAGUGUUGAUAUAUUUACACACAUUCUUGUUUUACUGUAGACAUUGGAACAUACAAUGGGUUUUUGAGUUGAAAUACUUUUUUUGUAAUCAAAGUCUGUCCAUCACUCUGUUACUAUAGCAACAGGAGAAUGUAGCACAACUACAGCCAUAUAAGGCAACUGAGAUGUGUGCAGAGAUCUUUUUAAAGAUUGCUUUUACUUCACUUAGCAAUUUGUAUCAAGUUCAUAUUUUGAGCUAAAUAAACAAAAAUCUGCAUAAGAUUGAAAUUA